AUGAAAAGGCGAAGACGCAUUAAUCCAAAAGAAGAUGCAAAAUUUUAUGUGCGCAAUGGAAGGGACAAAGUGGGACUCGAUGUAAAAUACAUUAAUGCCUUCAAAGGUCGUGGCAUCUUCACUACCACUCCAUUUGCAAAAAGUGGCUUCCUGUUGGAGUAUCAAGGUGAACUAAUAAGCAAGCAGACAAGCGAGAGGAGACGGAGAAUAUACCAUGACUGCCUUAAGGUGUUCAUGUUCGAGUUCCAAUUUAAUGGGACACUGUGGUGUGUUGAUUUAGCCAGUGAGGAUGGGUCUCUUGGAAGACUUGUUAAUGAUGACCAUAUAAACCCUAAUGCCAAGAUGAAGUACUUGAGAGUGGAAGGGAAGCCCCAUCUGUGUCUAUUUGCUAUAAGAGACACAAGUCCAGGGGAGGAGAUCACCUAUAAUUACAGAGACUCAGACUGGCCAUGGAGAUGCAAGAAACCAGGAGGAAUGUCCACAGAGGGUCAACACGGAGAGGUACCACAUACAUCAGAGCUUUCUAGGAGUGCUCAGAAGGUAUCAGCAAGUCGGCAGCAAAAAAAGGCAUCUACUGGUGCAUCAGCUGGUUGUCUAAAAGGCUUCGAUAGAGGUCUUGAUGAGGAAAUGCCUCAGCAAGGUUCUGAGACCACAAAUUCCCCAUCAAAAGCUGAAGUUCUUGAGAUGACGGCUGAGGGGGAACCAGAUUCAGACGGCUGAGGGGGAACCAGAUUCAGACGGCUGAGGGGGAACCAGAUUCAGACGGCUGAG